CUAUCGAGUUGAUUGCGCUCCAAUUUUUCAAGAAUCGGUAAUAAUAAAAUUUUCAAUUGAGAAAUCAAAUGGAAUUCAGCCAGCAUGUGGAUGGCGUGCUCGUCACACUCGUGGACAACACGAAGUUCUUCAGGGAAAUGGCCGAUGUCGUUUCCGAAUUCGCUGACGGCGCGGAGAUCCAAAAGCUGCUGGAGGAGGGCGUCAAGCGGCGCGUGGAGCAGGCCGAGAAUCUCGUGCGGCUGAAGAGCAAGCACCAGGCGCUCGGCCAGGAGAUGCAGAAGGUGCAGGGCGAGAGCGCCACUCUGGAGCAGUUCGAGGGGCUGUGGCGGGAGCGCAGCGAGGCGGUGGAGAAGAAGCGGAUCAAUGUGAAGAAUAUCACCGAUUUCAGGAACUUCAAGCGGUCGGUGGAGGAGGCAACCUUCCCGGGAUCGGCGCAGAAUGGCCGGGUCAGUGGGAAUGGUGCCCGGAAUGGCAACAACAACGACGACGACGACGACGUCAUCAUCGAGGGCAUCGAGGCGACCGGCGGCGAGAUCUUCUCGCUCUACGAUCCCUGGUCCAAGGCCCUCAUGCGCAACCCCGUGCGCAACAGCAUGUGCGGCCACAUCUACGACCGCGACUCGGUGAUGCUGAUCAUCAAGGACAACAUCGGCAUCCGGUGUCCGGUGCUCGGCUGCGCCAACAAGUCCUACAUCCAGCCGGCGCAUCUGGUCGAGGACGCCAACGUCCGGCGGCAGGUGCAGCAGCGGAUGGCCGAGGAGGCGGCGGUGGAUGAGGAGACCUCCGAGGAGGAUGAUGAUGAGUAG